UAAUUACAGACACAUAUCGAGGCCGCCUGUAGCACUGCUUGAUAUCCUAGCAACAUUUGCUAAUUUUAUAAAGAUUCAACAGUUUAUUUUGUUCAAAGCAGCGCGAUAACUCGGAUAUAAUGAUUCAUUUUGGUAUCGCUUCUCUAAACCAGUGAACUUUGCCAGACGCCAUUUUGAUAAGAAUGUAGUGAGAUCUCGACUCUUCUCGCGAUAUUGUGAAAAGAUCAGCUGAUGUGUGCAGGCGCGCUCGAGCCUGUCAGUGUGAUUUCCUGAAAGCGAUGCGGAGGAAGCAGCAGCCAGUUCCCACACAACACCACCGCACCGAGAGCCCUCAGUUCCCGCACAGCACCACCGCACCGAGAGCCCUCAGUUCCAGCACAGCACCACCGCACCGAGAGCCCUCAGUUCCCGCACAGCACCACCGCACCGAGAGCCCUCAGUUCCAGCACAGCACCACCGCACCGAGAGCCCUCAGUUCCAGCACAGCACCACCGCACCGAGAGCCCUCAGUUCCAGCACAGCACCACCGCACCGAGAGCCUCGGCCAUGGAGCACAUUCUCACUCCAAAGGUCGAGUAUGUGAAACUCCUGGACAGAUACGCCGCUAAAAAGCCGACCAUCGGGACGUUGUACCUCACAGCAACUCACCUUAUUUAUGUGGAGCAAUCUAACAACACACGCAAGGAAUUAUGGGUCCUGCAUCAUCACAUCUCAUCCAUCGAGAAACUUCCCACCACAGUGUCAGGAUGUCCACUGCUCAUCCACUGUAAAACGUUCCAGCGUCUCCACCUGCUGCUGCCUCGAGAGAAGGAAGCCCAGGACGUCCAUCAGUCCCUCCUGCGUCUGUCCCAACCAGUGAAGGAGGAGGAGCUCUACGCCUUCAUCUACAACCCACAGCAAAGUGGAGACGAGCGGAGACGAGGCUGGGACCUCAUUAGCAUGACUGCUGACUUCAGCAGAAUGGGCCUGCCCAAUGAAUUCUGGGAACUCAGUGACCUCAACAGCAAGUACGAGCUCUGCUCUACGUAUCCGUCAGUGCUCGGCCUUCCUAAAUGUGCCAGCGUUGCUACGGUAACAGGCAGCGCCAAGUUUAGGAGUCGGGGUCGGCUGCCUGCUCUGUCGUAUUAUCACAAAGAUACCAAGGCAGUGAUCUGUCGGUGUAGUCAGCCUCUCUCAGGUUUAAGUUCUCGCUGUAUCGAGGAUGAACAGAUGCUGCAGGCCAUCAGCGAGGCCAAUCCCAACUGUCCUUUCAUUUACGUCGUGGACACGCGGCCGAAGCUGAAUGCUAUGGCUAACCGAGCGGCGGGUAAGGGCUACGAAAACGAGGAUAACUACGCCAACAUCAGGUUUCACUUCCAGGGCAUUGAGAACAUCCAUGUCAUGAGGAGCAGUUUACAGAAACUACUGGAGUCGUGUGCUCAGAAAAUCGUGUCGAUGAGUGACUUCCUGACCGGACUGGAAAACUCCGGCUGGCUGAGACACAUCAAAGCUGUCAUGGAUGCAGGAGUCUUCCUCGCAAAAGCAGUAGGUGAUGAGGGAGCGAGUGUGUUAGUGCACUGUUCUGAUGGAUGGGAUCGCACAGCUCAGGUGUGUUCUCUCGCCUGCAUCCUGCUCGACCCCUAUUACAGAACCAUCAAAGGACUCAUGGUUCUGAUAGAGAAAGAGUGGAUUGCUUUUGGACACAAAUUCAGUCACAGGUGUGGUCAUAUGGAAGGUGACCCUAAAGAGGUUUCCCCCGUGUUCACGCAGUUUAUGGAGUGUGUGUGGCAGCUGAUGGAGCAGUUCCCUUGCGCGUUUCAGUUUAACGAACGCUUUUUGCUCUCCAUCCACGAACACGUUUACUCUUGUCACUACGGUAACUUCAUCUGCAACAGCCAGCGAGAGAGAGAGCAGCUAAGGUUCAGAGAGAGGACCUUCUCCGUGUGGCCCUAUCUCCUGGAGCAUCAGGAUGAGUUCAGGAACCCACUGUACAAACGCACCACACACAACGGCUUAUUGAGACCCAAGACACUGCCACUGCACUUCAAGUUUUGGUGUGGGAUGUACAACCGUUAUGAUGAAGGGAUACACCCAAGACAGUCCAUCCUGGACACCCUGCUGUCUCUGACAGUGAGACAGACCUCUAAGGAGAGGAUGAUGACGGAACUACAGAGACAGCAGCUGGCGAUCGCUGAUGGAGUUCUCGCAGCUUCUGAUCGACCAAUCAGCACGCUUCCUGAUCAGAAUGGCCAUGCCGAGGCCACGCCCACUUCCUGCUUUGACCAACCAAACGGAGCCCGCAUGUCUUUGAGUGACGGUGCUGGAGGAGAAGCAGAGUCGGAUCAGGAAAAAGGCGAAAGCGAGCCAAAGGUGGUGAAGGACAAACCUGUUUCUAUGGCAACCCAGAUCUCCAAAGAGGAGGUGGAGAAAACGGAUCCUCUCCAAUCUCCAUAGUAACAAAAUUGACAUCUGGGAAAGCGCCGAGAUCCAAAGGGAAGCAACAAAGACACUCAGGACACACGCUGAUGUGUGUGUGUGUGUAUAUAUAUAUAUAUAUAUAUAUAUAUAUAUAUAUAUAUAUAUAUAUAUAUAUACACACACACACACACACACAAAAUCAUUAAAGUGACAUUACCUUCGAGUCAUCUUUUAGACCUGCCCCCUAAACAGUAUUUUAGCCACACCUCAUUUUUUAACAAUCUAACAAAACUAAAAUAAAGAAAUUUUGAGAACAGAUUUUCAGCUAAAACACAGAAAAUCAAACAUGAUCAAAUAUAUAAAACAUGUUUAAUUAUAUUACAAAUAACAUUUUAGCCACGCCUCCAAACAUCCUUACAGUACACAUCGGGCAUUUAUCAGAAUUAAUUUUCAUCAUGAAACACUUCAUGACAUUCACGUGAACAAUGUUAUUAGACGAUGGCAUUUCUUAGCCAUGCCCCCUGCACAAAUUCCAUUUGUUACACACUUUAGUGCUAAUAAUGGAAUGGCAUCUCCCCCCCCCAACAUUCCUUUACAUCAUACAUAAUGUAAACACUGUAAUAUAAGCCACGCCCUCGAAUCGAGCAACUUUUCAGUGACACGCCUUAAACACGUCACACAUUUCUGCCUUUCUGAAUUUCUGAGUGUAAAUGAUGUUUUAAAAUACUUUUAAUAAAUGAAGCUUAGUGAGAUCACUGGGUUCAAAUCCUUCGCACUUUUUUUGCUACAUUGGCAUUUCUGAAAACGUGCCAUCUGUCGGUGAAAUAUAUUUUUACAAUUGAACAAAAGAGUUUCUUUUGAAAAAGAUUUAAUGUUUGUUACAGUGAUCAAACAAGGUGUUUGUUUAUUUCGGGGUUUUUUUUUUAAAGUUUGUAAAUGUUUUGCUGUUCUGUGUUAAAAUAACACGUGUGGUGUGUAAAAACAGAGCUACGACAUUGUCGCAAAGUAUUAGUGCAAGGGAAAAAAAACAUAAUAAAUGCUACACAAGUUUCAAAGCCAUAAUUCUGCACAGUUAAAAUGCGAUGAUCAAAGAUAAGAUGAAAAACAACUUCACUCCAUUACAUGUUUUAUUACCUUUUUUUUUUGUUUUGCCUUUUAUUGAAAGGUCCUGUUUGUAUUUUGUUUCAGUUGUUCAGUCUCCUGAUUCUUUUGUAAAAAUCUGGACCUGCACUGAGCCUUCAUAACACAUUCCUAAGCGCUUCAUAAACCUUUUCUCAGGCAACGCUGGAUUCUUUCUGAACACUUUUAUUCUAAAUUUCAUCAGUCAGUGACCAUCACGCUAAACCGGAGGCUAAAAGCUUCCACUCUUUACGAGCUUCAUUUGUCUCUUUUGCACCAGGACACAACUCCAAAAACAAAGGGACGUGAUUUAUAUUUUAACUGUUCAAAUCAAUCAAAAGACCAAAAAUGUAAAAUAUAAAGUUUUUUGUUGGUGUUUGAUUUUUAUAAAAACAGCACACUGAAACAAAUAUAUUUUUGUACGUUAUUACUGAUUUUGAUUUUCACAUUCUUUGUUUCUUGCAAUUUUUUGCUUUUUAUUUUCUAUUUUUUUACAUUCGUCCACUUGAGUUUCUAUAUGUUGCAGUAAAUUU